GACUUCCCUUUUUUUUAACUAUAAAAACCCAUCACAUUACCUCAUAAACCUUUUAAAAAAAAGUUCAUUUGUUCACAUUUUCAUUUUCUCAAGCCUCUGUUUGUUUCCUAGGAAAAUAAAGUGAAGAAAGAAAACAUUCUAAACCCAUUUAAAGGUGAAAAAUCCCAUCUUUUUUAGGCCAAAUCCGAAACCCGGGUCUGGUCCGGUCUGGUCUAAACCGGUUCGUGGUUCACAAGGGAAACCAGGGAAUGCUGAAAGAUGAGGUUCAAAGUUGAGCACCAUUUGUUUGAGAUUAAUGAAGAUAUUGCUUCAUUUGAACUGCCCUUAUUAUCUAUAUCUAAUGAAAGUCAACAUUUAACUUUGUAUAGUCAACUGUGUUUCAAUGGUAUUUUGACUAGAAAUUUAAGGGAACAUGUUAUGUCAAAGCAUGAUGUUUGUGAAGAUGGUUGAACUUUUCCUGGUUUUCAGGUUGGUUUUUGGUUAGUCGGUAACCUAGGUGAGAUAUAUAGUACUAGUUAAGGUAUAGACUGGUGUUGUUUUGGACUAUAUUCGGCAUGGAACCGAAAGGGGUUGUGUUGAUGGGAAGGUAUGAAAUAGGAAGGUUAUUAGGGCAAGGAACCUUUGCUAAGGUUCACCGUGCUAGGAAUCUCGAAACUGGUAUGAACGUGGCUAUUAAGAUAGUUGACAAAGAGAAGGUAUUGAAAGUUGGGAUGAUUGAUCAGAUUAAACGAGAAAUCUCGGUUAUGAGAUUGGUUAGACACCCGAAUGUCAUCGAGCUUUACGAGGUGAUGGCUACUAAGACGAAGAUUUAUUUCGUUAUGGAAUAUGCUAAAGGUGGUGAAUUGUUCAAUAAGGUAGUGAAAGGGAAAUUGAAAGAGGAUGCUGCAAGAAAGUACUUUCAACAGUUAAUCAGUGCUGUUGAUUUUUGUCAUAGCCGAGGCGUGUGUCAUCGAGAUCUUAAACCGGAAAACUUGUUGUUGGACGAGAAUUGUAACCUUAAGGUUACAGAUUUCGGGUUGAGUGCUCUUGCUGAAUCGAAACAGCAAGAUGGGUUGCUCCACACGACGUGCGGGACACCUGCUUAUGUUGCACCCGAAGUGAUCAACAGACGAGGCUACGAUGGGUGCAAAGCUGAUAUCUGGUCUUGUGGGGUAAUCUUAUAUGUCUUACUGGCUGGUUAUCUACCGUUCCAGGAUUCAAAUCUGAUGGAGAUGUAUCGUAAGAUCGGGAAAGGUGAGUUCAAGUUCCCGAACUGGUUUGCUCCCGAUGUACGCAGGUUGGUAUCGAAAAUCUUGGAUCCGAAUCCAAAAACAAGGAUCUCCAUGGAAAAAAUAAUGGAGAAUCCAUGGUUCCGUAAGGGGCUAGACCCGAAACCUGAACUUGUCGAUCCUGAAGUCAAAGAACCGGCUAUUGGACUCCAAACUGGAACUCCUUGCAACUUGAAUGCUUUUGAUAUAAUCUCUUUGUCUGCAGGCUUCGAUUUAUCCGGUUUAUUCAGGGAACAAGAACAAAAGAAAGAGGUCCGAUUCACGUCCAACAAAACAGCUUCGACCAUCAUUUCGAAACUGGAAGAUGUUGCUAAGCGUUUACGGCUGAAAAUAAAGAAGAAAGGAGGAGGGUUGAUGAAAAUGGAAGGGUGUCAAGAAGGACGGAAAGGUGUAUUGGGGAUCGAUGCCGAAAUAUUCGAAAUCACACCGUUUUUCCAUCUGGUUGAGGUAAAGAAGAGCAAUGGGGAUACAUUGGAGUAUCAAAAGGUAAUGCAACAAGAUAUAAGACCGGCUUUGAGUGACAUCGUUUGGGCUUGGCAAGGCGAGCCGCUGCCGCAACAACUGCCGCCACCACCACCUACGGAGGAGCAACAUCACGAGUCGCAUCCAUUUCAUGUAGUUUCAACUCAGAGUUCAUAAUGAUCAUCACCAUGUUAAGUCACUUUAAACUAUCUUCUUCCUUAUAACCUAUAUAUACAUAUGCAUGUAUGCAUUGUUCGUGUAAUAAAACUAGACUUGUGAGUUGUGUUUGGAUUGGUUCUUGUUAGGUUUGUACAAGUACUAAAAUUAAAUCACAUCUUUGGUUUGAGUUUGAAUUGAGUUAAUUUUAAA